UAAGGGGUUUUAUUCAUGGAUGUUUGUGUGUUAUUGUUUUCUCUCCCAGAGCCCCUCAGCGGAGUCAUCGAGGGCAUCAGCGCUGGAAUGUUCCUCAUCGGAAUGUUGAUCGCCGUCAUCUCCCUCCUCGUCUACAGGCAGAGAGUCCGUAAAGUGGCAGUACAGGAGAGCCCAGUGGUACGGAUGAGCAUGUGGAAGCAGGGGCCUACAUCAGGGAUGUACGUUGGAGUCAGAAGCAGCCGACGCAUCUCCAGCCCCGUCAAAGCAGCCCACUUUGAAUCCCACCUCACUAAGCUACAGGCAGACUCCAACUACCUUCUGUCAGAAGAGUUUGAGGAUCUGAAGGAUGUGGGUCGUAACCAGCCUCUGGAUGCAGCCCGUCUACCAGAGAACAGGGGCAAGAACCGAUACAACAACAUACUGCCCUAUGAUUCCACCAGAGUGAAGCUCUCCUACCUGGAGGAUGACCCCUGUUCUGACUUUAUCAAUGCCAGUUACAUACCAGGGAACAACUUCCGUCGAGAGUACAUCGCCACCCAAGGCCCUCUCCCCGGAACCAAGGACGACUUCUGGAGGAUGGUGUGGGAGCACAACGUAUACAACGUCGUCAUGGUGACGCAGUGUGUCGAGAAGGGACGGGUGAAGUGUGACCACUACUGGCCGGCUGACCGGGAGCCUCUGUACUAUGGAGACCUGGUGGUUCAAAUGCUGUCUGAGUCUGUCCUGGCUGAAUGGACAAUCAGGGAGUUCAAGAUCAGCUUUGAGGGUCGUCCCAGCUUCCCUCGGGUGGUGAGACACUUCCACUACACGGUGUGGCCAGACCACGGGGUCCCCGAGACCACCCAGUCCCUCAUCGAGUUCGUACGGACCGUCAGGGACUACAUCGACAGAGCCCCCAGCACUGGAGCCACCGUUGUUCACUGCAGUGCUGGAGUGGGUCGUACAGGGACGUUCAUGGUUUUGGACCGGGUCCUUCAACAGCUGGACAGCAUAGGAACAGUGGAUGUCUACGGCUGUGUGUUUGACCUCCGCCUGCACCGCUCUCACAUGGUGCAAACAGAGUACCAGUACUCCUUCCUCCACCAGUGUGUUCGAGAUGUCCUGAGAGCCAGGAAGCUCCGUAGUGAGCAGGAGAACCCUCUCUACCCCAUCUAUGAGAACUUCAACCCAGACUACUACCGUGAUUUUGUUUACACGGGACGCUAAAGACAGUUCCUCUCCACACAACUGAGUGAGAAUGAAAAGCAGGGAAGAAUCUGUUCAGUACCACCAGACCGCCAGUCUGUCACCACUAAAGGACUAUAGACGGGGGUCCUUUAUUUAUGUUUGAUACACUGUUGGUUUAACCUCUCAGGAUGUCUAUUUAAAAUGGAGCAGAUCGACGUCUGGAAAUAUUGACGUUACGUUCACUCAUACCUGAAUCUUAGUUUGCAUUCGAUGAGAUAUAUGUGAUUAUAUUGUUUUGCACCUACUUGUAAGCGCUUCCAAGAAACAGUAUUCUUAAACUCAUGUUAUUUCAAUAUUAGUAAUGUCUGAUGAAAAUACAAAAGGAACUGAUAUAAACGUAGAUAUAAUGAUUCUUAUUCAACAUAACAGAUUAAAAAAAGAUGAAUGAAAGCUAUCAGGCGAAGCAAUAAAUGGGAUUCUAUGAGGCGUAGCUACGUCACAAAGCAUUAUUAUGACGAGGCUUGACCACCUAAAAACCUCCCCUGAAGGAACCUUCCCUGCAUCCUAAGUGGCACCCUAUUCUCUAUGGGCCCUAAUCAAAAGUGGUGCACUAUAUAGGGAAUAGGGUGCCGUUUGGGUACAAAGCCCUUUUCUGUAAUAAUAUAUUCUAAAUCGUAGUUGCUGGUUUGUAGUUAAAACUGUUUUAACCCGGAGCAGACAGACAGACAGCUAGCUGUCUUGAGAGUAACUCAUCACAAUGCUGUCUAUAUCCUUGUGUAAAGUAGCAGAUCGUCUGUACAGUUGGUUGUGUUGUGAAUAGUCCUCUUAUCGUUAAACAUAGCGUCAGUUCAUGUUGUGUGUGUGUGUGUACCAUUGAGAUUGUACAGUAGAGCCUGGAGGAGGGAACAGCAUAUAGUUUGCAUAAGUACGCCAUCUCAGCUACCUGUUUUCUAGGGCGAAGGGAACACUCUACUGGAAAACAAACGCCAUCUCAGCUACCUGUGUUUUCUAGGGCGAAGGGAACACUCUACUGGAAAACAAACGCCAUCUCAGCUACCUGUGUUUUCUAGGGCGAAGGGAACACUCUACUGGAAAACAAACGCCAUCUCAGCUACCUGUGUUUUCUAGGGCGAAGGGAACACUCUACUGGAAAACAAACGCCAUCUCAGCUACCUGUGUUUUCUAGGGCGAAGGGAACACUCUACUGGAAAACAAACGCCAUCUCAGCUACCUGUGUUUUCUAGGGCGAAGGGAACACUCUACUGGAAAACAAACGCCAUCUUGUAUUCGGCUGUCUCCGAAAGAGGUGGUAACCUUUUUUCCGUGGUCUUUCAAACCAAGAUGGAGGGAGUGUUCAUGAGAGGGACUGUAUGGGUUUUGUACAUUACCUUCCUCAAAACAUGAUGUUGCAUUUCUGUUCAUCCUUUUGGCAUAAAACUAGGCUGAUGGAUGUGUCUGUGAACAUACGAGCGGUGAUCUUUCUAUGUCAUGUUGAACUGAGCGGGAGAUCCCUUCAACUGAAUCUCAGCUGGCCGGCUUCCUGGUCUCAACAGGAGAAGGUCUAGAAGUAGGACGAAACUAAAAACAACUGAAGAAAUUACACACAAUAAGCAAUACUGGCCAAAUCCUGCUGAGAUCCUGGGGAUAAAGUGAGAGAAUUGAAUAAAAUGUCAACAUCCUGACCCUGUGAGAAGUCUGCAGUGGCCAAGACACUGACCUUUCCAGACUACAGGUUUGGGACGUGGCAUUUUCUCUGUCUGAGCUUCUCUGAGCCCCAAGCCACGGAAACAAAGACUGAGCUACAGAAGAGACCGUGUUGGUUGGCAUUCUUCCCAUUGUUACUGAAAAUAUUGCAGAUCUUCAGAAGCUCUCAUUACGUUAGUAUUUCAAAAUCAAUCUGUAUCUACAUAUAAAUAGUACGUUAAGAUUGAAUCUUCUCUCCAAUGGCUCCCAUUAUGUUAGUGUCUCGACAAAAAUCACAUAUUUAUUUUAACUUUGUUGUUCAAUUUAAACAUGAAAAUACUAGCUUUAAAACAUAAAUACUAAGAGAAUCAUUUUCAGGGUUCUGACUCCUCCCCGUAGUAUCAGAUGGAACACAUUCUGACUCCUCCCCGUAGUAUCAGAUGGAACACAUUCUGACUCCUCCCAGUAGUAUCAGAUGGAACACAUUCUGACUCCUCCCCAUAGUAUCAGAUGGAACACAUUCUGACUCCUCCCAGUAGUAUCAGAUGGAACACAUCCUGACUCCUCCCAGUAGUAUCAGAUGGAACACAUUCUGACUCCUCCCCAUAGUAUCAGAUGGAACACAUUCUGACUCCUCCCCAUAGUAUCAGAUGGAACACAUUCUGACUCCUCCCAGUAGUAUCAGAUGGAACACAUUCUGACUCCUCCCAGUAGUAUCAGAUGGAACACAUUCUGACUCCUCCCAGUAGUAUCAGAUGGAACACAUUCUGACUCCUCCCAGUAGUAUCAGAUGGAACACAUUCUGACUCCUCCCAGUAGUAUCAGAUGGAACACAUUCUGACUCCUCCCAGUGGCAGGGAUAUUGAAUUUCCUGUUUAGUCCUAUUCCCCUCUUCACAAAAAAAUGCGGGCAUUCGUCAUUGCUUUUGCACCAAAUGACCCCACACAGCAAGUAAGGCAAUGUAUACAGUAUUAUGUAGAGUAGAGCACCAGUCUCUCAGGCUUGACCCUCUCACCCCUGUCCUCCCCUAUAAGCCUAAAGGUCAUAUCAUAAAGAGAUUGUCUCCAGAUAAUACAGUACAGAAACAUCAACUCUCUCCAUCUGUUCUCCUCCCUGCUGGGAGUUGAGUGGAUUUAAUAGUGUGUUAAGCUCCACUGUGGAUUCCUCAAAAGUUUUUCAUUACAGAAAUCUAUAUCAAUCCCCCAUCCCUCCUGUCAAACUAAUACGCUCUUAGAUCCCCAAUGACCCUCUGGAACACAUCUCUCUGAGUUCCACCAGAGUAUGGCUCGUGCCCAUACAGCAGCUAGAACUUACUGUGAAGGCGCUUAGCUACCUGAUGAAUGUUCUUCCAACGUUUCUGUUUUGCUGUUACAUGGCUACUACGUCGCUCACCAACCAACAGUUGAGGUGCAGGAGGAAACCUUGUAACCGAGGCCUUUAGAAAGAAACACGGAGAUUAGGGACAGAGGUGUUGGAGGCAAAUCAGAGGAAGGAACUGUCUUUAACAGAGAAGUCACGGUGUAAGCCUGCCGUAUUUAUCAUUUACAGUAUGUAUCAUUUACAGUAGGUGUCAUUUACAGUAGGUAUCAUUUACAGUAGGUAUCAUUUACAGUAGGUAUAAUUCCACAUGACCUAUGGGAUGGUUGUGCAUCAGGAAUAUGAGCAUAACUUAAACUAACUGAAAGAAUGUUCCCUAGCCUAGAAUGUUCCCUAGCCUAGAAUGUUCCCUAGUCUAGAAUGUUCCCUAGCCUAGAAUGUUCCCUAGUCUAGAAUGUUCCCUAGCCUAGUAUGUUUCCUAGUCUAGAAUGUUCCCUAGCCUAGAAUGUUCCCUAGCCUAGAAUGUUCCCUAGACUAGAAUGUUCCCUAGCCUAGUAUGUUGCCUAGCCUAGUAUGUUCCCUAGCCUAGUAUGUUCCCUAGCCUAGUAUGUUCCCUAGCCUACUAUGUUCCCUAGCCUAGAAUGUUCCCUAGCCUAGUAUGUUCCCUAGCCUAGAAUGUUCCCUAGCCUAGAAUGUUCCCUAGCCUAGAAUGUUCCCUAGUCUAGAAUGUUCCCUAGCCUAGUAUGUUGCCUAGCCUAGUAUGUUCCCUAGCCUAGUAUGUUCCCUAGCCUAGAAUGUUCCCUAGCCUAGUAUGUUCCCUAGCCUAGAAUGUUCCCUAGCCUAGAAUGUUCCCUAGCCUAGUAUGUUCCCUAGCCUAGAAUGUUCCCUUUCAUUUAAAAGUAGAGAAUGAUCUUGUUUCUUUUCCUCUGUUUGUUUUUCAUAAUCAUCCUGCUGGCAAUGGAGGAGAGAGGUGUUGAUGUAUGUUCCUAAAUGGUUUCUAACUCUGUUUCCUGUCUCUUAAUCUGUUUCCUGUCUCUUAAUCUGUUUCCUGUCUCUUAAUCUGCUUCCUGUCUCUUGUUAAUACGAUGAGGUAAUCUGCCAACUCAUUACGUUCAGCACAUAGUUAACUAUGAACCGUUCCUCCCUCUGGAGAACUAGGGUUGUAUUAAUUAAUCACUUAUGCAGGCUGAUGUAGGCUGCGUCCCAAAAGGUAAGGCACCCUAUUCCCUAUAUAGCGCACUAUUAUUGACCAGAGCCCAUAGGGCUGCGGUUAAAAGUAGUGUACUAUGUAGGGAAUAGGGUGCCAUUUGGAGCACACAGCCAUAGAGUGAUUAAUCAUAGGAGUAGUAUCUCUCUAGAGCAGUAUCUUACUCGGUGAGCAUACUGACAAAAUAAGGAAGCCUUUUCCAAGCCAGAGCGGACCAAAGGGCAGGAGCCUGUGAGGCAACUUAAUGUACUAGUACACCCCCUGGACAGGACACUAGUCUGUCCGACUAUACUGGUGUAGAUUAAUGUACUAGUACACCCCCUGGACAGGACACUAGUCUGUCUGUCUAUACUGGUGUAGAUUAAUGUACUAGUACACCCCCUGGACAGGACACUAGUCUGUCUAUACUGGUGUAGAUUAAUGUACUAGUACACCCCCUGGACAGGACACUAGUCUGUCUGACUAUACUGGUGUAGAUUAAUGUACUAGUACACCCCCUGGACAGGACACUAGUCUGUCUGACUAUACUGGUGUAGAUUAAUGUACUAGUACACCCCCUGGACAGGACACUAGUCUGUCUGACUAUACUGGUAUAGAUUAAUGUACUAGUACACCCCCUGAACAGGACACUAGUCUGUCUGACUAUACUGGUAUAGAUUAAUGUACUAGUACACCCCCUGGACAGGACACUAGUCUGUCUGACUAUACUGGUGUAGAUUAAUGUACUAGUAAACCCCCUGGACAGGACACUAGUCUGUCUGACUACACUGGUGUAGAUUAAUGUACUAGUACACCCCCUGGACAGGACACUAGUCUGUCUGACUAUACUGGUGUAGAUUAAUGUACUAGUAUACCCCCUGGACAGGACACUAGUCUGUCUGACUAUACUGGUGUAGAUUAAUGUACUACUACACCCCCUGGACAGGACACUAGUCUGUCUGACUAUACUGGUGUAGAUUAAUGUACUACUACACCCCCUGGACAGGACACUAGUCUGUCUGACUAUACUGGUGUAGAUUAAUGUACUAGUACACCCCCUGAACAGGACACUAGUCUGUCUAUACUGGUGUAGAUUAAUGUACUAGUACACCCCCUGGACAGGACACUAGUCUGUCUGACUAUACUGGUGUAGAUUAAUGUACUAGUACACCCCCUGGACAGGACACUAGUCUGUCUGUCUAUACUGGUGUAGAUUAAUGUACUAGUACACCCCCUGGACAGGACACUAGUCUGUCUGACUAUACUGGUGUAGAUUAAUGUACUAGUACACCCCCUGGAUAGGACACUAGUCUGUCUAUACUGGUGUAGAUUAAUGUACUAGUACACCCCCUGGACAGGACACUAGUCUGUCUAUACUGGUGUAGAUUAAUGUACUAGUACACCCCCUGGACAGGACACUAGUCUGUCUAUACUGGUGUAGAUUAAUAUACUAGUACACCCCCUGGACAGGACACUAGUCUGUCCGACUAUACUGGUGUAGAUUAAUGUACUAGUACACCCCCUGGGCAGGACACUAGUCUGUCUGACUAUACUGGUGUGUCCGACUAUACUGGUGUAGAUUAAUGUACUAGUACACCCCCUGGACAGGACACUAGUCUGUCUGUCUAUACUGGUGUAGAUUAAUGUACUAGUACACCCCCUGGACAGGACACUAGUCUGUCUAUACUGGUGUAGAUUAAUGUACUAGUACACCCCCUGAACAGGACACUAGUCUGUCUGACUAUACUGGUGUAGAUUAAUGUACUAGUACACCCCCUGGACAGGACACUAGUCUGUCUAUACUGGUGUGUCUGUCUAUACUGGUGUAGAUUGUAUAUCUGAUUGCGUUAACAUAUUGUGACGAGCAGAGGUGUCACAACCCAACAACUGUCACGUGACCUACACCUACAGGGAAGAGCUGUGCUUCUCUGUCUCAUUGUGUUGCACUGGAUCAAUGUGAAUGACUGUAUACAAUGUUAUGUUGUAAAUAUGCCUGGUUUUGUAACCCAUGUUUAUCCAUGUGUAUUGGUUGGUAUGAUAAGCUAUGUGUUAUGCAUGUAAGUAAAAAAGCUAAACAGUGUUUUGAAUAUAUGAUUACAUUAAAAAUGCCAAGAAUAUGCCACCAUGUUAAAUAUGUUAAUCAUGUAUAAUAAAAUAAGAAUAUAGAUACA